UCCCACUACUCAGUUGAAAUUAAAGAGUGAAACAUUUCAAACUUUUUAUUUGAAAAUUUCACAUUACAAUGAGUGAUGUAACGGAAAUUUCUUCUCUUAAAAGGUAUCUGCAUGAUACAAACUGUGAAUUUGAGUGUUUAAAAUAUGAAUGGAAACGUUUAUCAACAUUUAAAGACUUUCCAGAAGAGAUUCCUAUAUGGACUAUACCACUAGCAAAGAAUGGAAUAUAUUGCAAAGGCCGUUCUAACGAAGUGAGCUGCUUCUUUUGUAACUUCAAAUACAGCUCUUGGGAAAAUGGCAAUAAUGCAGCUUCAUUACAUGAAAAUAUGCCCUGUCCGCUUUUAACAGGUGCCAGUUGUAACAAUAUACCAAUAGCUCGAGAGAUUAACUCGACACAGGAGUCAACAGAAAUGCAGAACGGCCCACCAGAAAUAAUCAGUGCCAUGGAAAGAGAUGAGGGCGCCAACCGUGCCGCCUCCUUACUGGAUGGUCCAAAACAUCCAGCCUUUGCAAAUUAUGAGUCGCGAGUAACUUCUUUUGAAAUGUUCACAGGAGGAGAUGGAAGUUACAACAAACUACUUGCAGCAGCCGGAUUUUUUAAUUGUGGUUUUAAACAUUCUGCAAGGUGUCAUUAUUGUGGAUUUGACUUGAGAUACCGUCCUGAGCUGGACCCUUUCGAGCAACAUGCUGCUUUAUAUGGUAACUGCCGAUAUCUGGAAGAACAGAGAGGCCUUGCUUUUAUAAAAGAGAACCAGGAAAGGCAUUCAAAGGGUCAAAUGAUAAAUCGAUCGGAAAGAUAUCAUGAUAACACAGGGAUGCCCUGUUUCUGCCAGGACGACGAGGAACAAACGCCUAUGAUAGAUAAUACAAAUGAUAAAUCUGAAACAAAUCAACAAUCAUCAGUGUUGUAUACCAACAAUCCUUACAAUACAGGCGCAAGGCCAAAGAUAUCUGCUCCAACAGGCUCGCUUUCAAUCCAAGAGUCUAGAAACGGUAGGGAAAAUGCACAGAAGAUCAUAUGCAAAAUAUGCUUUGAAAGAGAGGUACAGAUAGUAUUUCUACCAUGCAGACACCUAGUUUGCUGCGGGGUCUGUGCACAGGAACGCAAAGUAUGUCUUGAGUGUCAACAGAAGAUCAAAGAACAGAAAAGAGCUUUUCUAUCAUAGCCGUUAAAACCAAUGUUGAACAGUAGAUUCUCUUCUCUGUAUGCGUGCGCGUGCGCGUGUGCAUG